AUGACUGCUACGCCGUCUCCAGCUGAUCAACCCUCUUCCCUCUCCAACGCGCGCGAACCGUCCGCCUCCAGUACUGCCGCCCCGAUGCCACUGCCGCCACUCUCUCGUCCUGGAUGCUUAACAAAGUUGGUUCGACAUUGUUACUAUGUUCAGCUUUGGCCAGAUAAGCCGUGGCUCCCACCACCAUUCGGCCUCCCUUAUGCAUCCUUUGCCCGGAAGGAAUCAAUUAGUUUCCGACAGCCAGAUCGAAUGAGAAGGAGCAACUCAGCGGCGGCGGCUGCGGCUGCGGCUGGGAGGAGGAAGAUCCUGAGGGGAGGAGGAGGAUCCGGCGGCGAGCCUAGGGCGUGCUGCAGCAAGGACGGGAUGAAGCGGGGCCCGUGGACGCCGGAGGAGGACGAGGCCCUGGCGAGCUACGUGCGGCUGGAGGGCGAGGGCCGGUGGCGGACCCUUCCGGCCCGUGCAGGCCUCCGCCGCUGCGGCAAGAGCUGCCGCCUCCGGUGGAUGAACUACCUCCGCCCCUCCAUCAAGCGCGGCCCCAUCGCCCCCGACGAGGAGGACAUCAUCCUCCGCCUCCACCGCCUCCUCGGCAACCGGUGGUCGCUGAUCGCCGGCAGAAUUCCGGGGCGCACCGACAACGAGAUCAAGAACUACUGGAACACGCACCUCAGCAAGAAGCUCAUCGGCCAAGGCAUCGAUCCGCGCACCCACAAGCCAUUGCCGUCUCCCUCCGCCCCAUCCGCCGUCGCUGCACCGGCGGUCUAUGUCAUCCCACGACACCCACCUCGCCCUAACCCUAACCCUAACCCUAACAUGCCCGACGGAUGCUGGACGGAGAGCAGUGACCACGAUCAGUUGAUCGACGUCAACGCGGAGGCGGCGGAAGCCGGAGAGCGGCUAGAACCCGAUCUGUUUGGCGUCAGCUUCGGCGAGGACAACAUCUUCUCCUCCUUCCUCGACUCACUCAUCGGCGACGGCGAAAACGAUCACAUUAAUGGCGAUACUCCUCCUGAUGACGAACAAUUUGCCUUCGUUUGGGAAAAGGAUCUCGAGGCUCAUCUAGUUCUGGAGGACAAUGCACACGAGCAGUUUACAGGUGAUCCUGAUGCAGGAAUCUGACUGAUUAAUCUAAGUAUGUUUAAAUCAUAUAUAUUAUGACAAAAGACGAAUGCAUUCGUCCUCAGCAUCCUCAUCAACUCGUCCAAGAGCCAACAAUGAGGAGGUUAUGUUUAAUUCAUAUAUAUAUAUAUUUAUGUGUAGUGUGCUGUAAUAGGAAUAGAUAGAUAGAUAUUGUUGAUAAUAUUAAUGCUUGAGAAACCAGUAUCAUGCAUGAACUAAAGAACACAGCUUUAAUUGCUUCAUUAUGUUUAUUAAUGCGUGUGCAUGCAUGCUUGCAUACACAUUGAUUUGCUGCCAAAUGAGAUUUUGGAAUAUUUCUACACAUUAAUUCAGUUUAGUUAGUAUUAUUUUGCUGCCCAGAAUUAAUUUUGGA